GUGAUUCAAUUGUUCACAGGAAACUUCUUUGCAACAAUGAGAAAAAAGUUGAGAUUGUCAUCGAACUCCUAAAUCUUGCCGAUACAUCAUCAACUAGUAAUAGCUAUGUCUUCAGUGCACUUUAUGAAAAUGACAAUGAAAACGAGAAAGCAUGGCUGUUGCACUCAACAAGUGAACCAGAAUUGCGAUGCUCAAAUCAUAUCUCUUUCAAUAUGUCUUUCACUAUUGACUAUUUCUUCGAAAGAGUACAGCUGAUGAAAAUCGAAAUAAGAGACUUUUCGAUAGGUGCCUCAUUUAAAAAUACAGUGGGUAAUGUCAUCGGUAGUUCUGUAUUCAAGCUUGAUGAGUUAAUUGGCGCAUUUGGCACACAACUUCAGCUGCCUUUGAGUGCGAAAACAUCAAUAACAAGCACAUCGAGUGAUGAACAUCAAGCAGUACCACAGGAAUUAUACUGUGGAUGGAUUCUUGUCGCUGCUCGUUUACCUGAAAAAGCCGCACCUGUGAUAUUACAAUUUUCGGGGAAAAAUUUGGAAAAAAAGGAUAAAUUUUUCGAUGAAACAUCAGUUUUCUUUGUAAUACAUAAAAUAGAAAAUGAUGGAAUGAAAACAGAACUGUAUCGAAGUGAAACUAUACGUGAACAUUCUCAUCCUAUUUGGCGACCGUUCAAUUUGCAUUUGCGAAAAAUUGCUGAUAACCGAAAUAGGUUGCUAGAAAUAUCUGCCAUGUAUCGCGAUGAAAUGAAUAAAAUAGGCCUAAUUGGUUCCUUUCUAACAACGUAUGCAAAAAUGAAAUAUGGUCCAGGGGAGGAGAAUGUUUACAAUUUGGUUAAUCCCAAGAAAAAGUCCAAAAAAGGAUAUUUAAAAAGUGGGACGAUGGAGCUGAUCAAAUUCAGCGAUGUAUCAUUUUACUCCUUCUUGGAUUACGUCACCAGUGGAACUCAACUUCAUCUUGCGAUAGCAGUGGAUUUUUCGACUAAUCCAAGUAUUAACAAAUUGGACGAUGAGCAGACAUUUGAUAAUGACUUCCAUUGUGCCAUUAAAGGUAUCGCCGGUAUUAUUCGAUACUACAACUCGAGUAAAAUGUUUCCGGCAUUCGGUCUUGGUGGCAAAAUUCCAUCAGCACUGGAUAAUGCUCAUGUUUUCCAUUUGAAUUUCGAAGCAGAACCGUAUUGCCGCGGUGUUAAUGGAGUGCUGGAAGCAUUCCGAAAUGCUAAACGGAAAGUGAUGCCAAGUACGCAUGCCGAAUAUGUAUCUGUCGUCAAUGCUAUAGCUAGGAUGGCGGAAAAUGAGGGUAAGCAUGGAUUGCAUUAUUUCGUUUUGCUCAUUUUUGUAUCAAGCAGCUCAACCAUUAAUUCCAAAAAACUGAUGGAUGCUAUAACAAAUACGACAAAAGCACCGAUUUCGAUUAUAUUUUUGGGAAGAAGAGGAGCAAAGUUAAAUGGAUUUCACAAUAUCCCAGGUCCUAAGAAAAAUGUGUUUCCAAGUGACGUAUCGUCGAAUUCUGAUUUUGUUGAGUUUAUCGAUUUAAAUUCGGUAAUGGUAAAAGAAACAAGACCGAAGCAGAAUGCAAGACGAAUAGCUGAGCAGGCUUUGCGUAAUGUCCCUUGGCAUCUGAUAGCUUAUAUGCAUAAAAAUAAUAUUGCCGCAAAACCUCCGAUACUGAUUAAUCGUUUAUCAGUUUCCCAUUCAUCAAAUUUAAUCCCACAGCGACCAUCACGAUACAAGGAACAGUUACACCGGGAUAGGAAGGAACAAAAUUGUAUCAAGUGUAUCACGCCAAGUACGUCACGUAAGCAUUCGGACAAUGUUGGACGAAAUGCUAAAACGGAGAAAUUCUGGGAUGCCACAAUGCUUCGGUCGCAGUCAGUAAUGAAUGGUAAGGAUGAUGGACGACUGAAUUCACCAUCGAGUAGUCAUUUAUCAGAAUAUCCCUCUCAGCGGCAUCCAAGACGGAUUUUGAGAAGACAGUUGGCUAUUUCAUGAUUUUGUUGAAGAAAACUUCAAAAGAGCUGAAGGAAAGAGCUGUUGUCCCAGAAGUAUAUGGAAUAAAUGAAAGCAGAUUUGUUAAUGGGACAAAGAAGAAUGUCCACAUGAAAGCGGGUUAACUUAAAAUCAAAUUAAUAAUUUCACAUAUUUCUCUUCUCUUAAUAACCUAAAAAAGUC